AGGCAGUGCUCAUCAGAGGCGCCAGAUGGAGAAAACCGUCGCGAAGACGAUCGUCAAGGCUGACCCGCAGCGGCAUCUCUGCGUGAGCACGUCGGCCACAGCCGAGUUGAUCGCCGUCGACAAUCCGGAGGCUUUCAGCUGUCCCAAAUGCCUUCAACGGCUCAAACCUCCAGUAUUCCAGUGUGGAGCUGGGCAUCUUGUCUGUUCCUCGUGUCACGACGAGCUCCAACAAAAGAACAAGUGCGCGUCGUGCUUCUUCAAAACGGAGUACACGCGCUUCUUCCUCCCCACGGAGUACACCCGCUGCAACGCCGUCGAGCGCAUCCUGCAAUCCAUCAGUGUCGCCAACCCCAGCGCCAUCACCGGUGUGAAGAUGAUCUGCCAUGAGAAGGAGGAGCCCGAGAAGAGGCAGGGAGGCCUUGUGAAGAUGGGCCCUUGCGGCGGCGGCGGUGGGGGCAGCUGGAAGACGGACGUGUGCGGCAUCAACCGUAUUGUGAAGCUGCGCGUCCGUCAUGGUGGGGCGGUCGAUGCCUUGCAGGUUUUACACGAGCGGCACGGCCUGAAGGAGUGGACCAAGAAGUGGGGUGGAGCUGGAGGAAAGCGAUCGGAGAUCUGUUUGGAGCCGGAGGAGUACCUCACCUGCGUGAAAGGACACAUUGGCCAUUACGACGGCUGGUUCAUCGUGAAAUCGCUUACUUUCGUCACCAACUUGCGCACUUUCGGGCGAUACGGGAAAGCAGAAGGCCUGCCGUUUCAGCUCCCUGCAGCCGGCGGUAGAAUUGUUGGCUUCCACGGUCGCUCCGGCAGCCUCCUCGACUCUCUUGGCACAUACGUCAGGAUGGACGCCUAACCUUUACUACCCUUUUCUUUUUCUGAGGGAUCUUACCAUGUCUACUCAAGGGCUUAGAUCCUACUACUGCAUUAGCAAAUGUAAACGUUCCUGUGCAUCGUCACUGAACGAUGUAGACACACUGCUGUCAAUUUGGACAAUCCAUCUCCAAAUAUCAUGCCUGUUGCAGUACAUGUGAUUCUUGUGUUGGUGAUUUUA